CUCUCUCCGGGGCGAAGAGGAGGGCAGGCAGUACAAUACAAGCUUUGGGACUCAAAUCUACCUUGGGAUCCAUACUCAUCUCCCUGUUCUGGGACCUUCUGGGACCUGUGUCUUCCUGUGGAUACCUGGGUCUUAGCCAUGGCUCUCACAACUUCAGCACCUUCCAACAAGAGGAAGGCCAACAAGAUCAUCACUGACCUGUCCAACAUCAGCCAGGACGACAAUGAGUCAGACCCAGAAGCCUCUGAGUUUGACCUGGGCACCAAAAUCAAGACUCCCAAGGACACCAUGUUGGAGGAGCUCUCCCUGCUCAAGAACAAAGGCUCCAAGAUGUUCAGGAUGAGGCAGCAGAGGGUGGAGAAGUUCAUCGUGACCACCAUGAACACGCAGAACCUUGAGAACCUGCUGAUGUGCCCUCCCCCCGUCCCGCCAAAGCCUGAGAUGCCAAAGGUGGAAGUGGUGGAGGAGCCAGUGGAAGAGAAGAAGAGGAAGGAGGAGUACGUACGCACCUAUGUGUCGCCCUGGGAACGGGCCAUGAAGGGCAACGAGGAGCUGACGGCCACCAUGAAGUCAAUCAUGCCGGGACCCAUCCAGAUCCAUGCAGAACUGCCUCUGUACAAGAGCUUCAACAGGACGGCAUUGCCUUUCGGCGGAAUUGACAAGGGGGCCAAGACACUGACCUUUGAACUCCCACAGGUCAACAUGGCCAACGAGGAGGCCGAGCCUUUGCCCAGUCUGCAGGCCGACAUGCGCUCACGCCCCUCAUUCAACCGCACGCCCAUCGGUUGGAUCUGCAGCGAGGACAACUCAAACAUCCACAUGGACCUGGAUAACAUGCCCUUCGACGGAGAAACAGAUGACCUGUGAACACGCAUGAACACACAAGUGUAUUUACAGUACAUGAACACACACUCUGAAACUCAUAAAACACACCUAUUACCUCAACUGAACCGAUGCAUGAGAGCAAUAGAUACAGAUCAUAACUUACUGACAGACGCCAAAUACUCAGACACUGUCAGGACUGCUGAGACUCCCAUGAGCAUAUAUGGAAAUGUGUUUGAAUUACCUCUGAAAGAAAUGUAUGAAAAUUAUUUCAAUAUGAAAUGAAAUUAUUUAAUAAGUAUCUCCCCUGGUCUCCUCUGUGCUUUUCAUCUUUUUCUCCCUAACCAUGAUUGAGUCUUACUAUGAUUUUACAAACUCUGAGCUUAUGAGACCUGUGUGAAAAAUACAGACACGCACUCUGCACUCUUGAAACUGUGUAUUUAUUCAAUAAAUUUCCCCUUUA